UCAUCAUGCUCGCCAAAAAUUGCAUUUUGAUGCUCAUCAGUUUAUCUUGUUAUUACUGUCAAUUUAAAUUUCCUCCUCCAACUCAAGAGUUUUUAGAUCGUUCUAAUGGAUUUUAUGACUAUAAUUCUGAGGAAAACUUCGAAAGGCCCCUAAAUGCAUCAAUGUAUCAACCUACCACGUGUGGAGAAGUUGAGCAAGAAAAAGUGAAAGAAUGCGCUGAUCCGCUCUAUAAAAUGGGUGCCAUCUCCGAAAACUCACAUUACUUGGGAUGGGAAGGGUUUAUUUUCCGCACCAAAGCAUAUUUUUCGGAAGUUUGCGACAAUUUCUUCUUAUUUGAUGUCUGCAUCGAACCAUACAAGGAUGUUUGCUUUGCAGCCGAUAGAGCUCGAUUCAACUACGAUGCGGCGAUUAAAAUUCUAGACUUUUUGUGUCGGGAUGGAUAUGGAGAAAUGCUCAGAAACAUCGAGUGUUUCACAAAAACGCUGACGAGAAGUGAAAUGAUGCAAUGUCAAGCCGAGCUGGUUUCAGAUACAAGGAAAAUCUCAGAAAGUCAUUCAGAAGUUAAAGGGGCAAAUGAUGCAGCGGUUUGCGGAGCAAUGCGAAACUACAUCGAUUGUGUGAAAUAUCCGAUUCGAUAUGAAUGCGGCUUCCGGGCCUGGCAACUAGUACGCGAAAUGAUCGUACGUCCCACAAAAGCAAUGCUCCCACAGUGUAAGCUGAAUUCGGCGGAGAGCACUACUUCAGUUUUGACUAUAUUGAAACAAAUGUGGGAGGGAAAAUGAACUGGCAUUAUUGUAUUUGUUUCGGAUGUGAAAAAAAAUUAUCAUUAUUAUUUUUAUUUUUAUUAUUGAAAAAGUCAUUCCAUAUAAAUAAAAGUUCUACUUGAAAAU